ACGGAGGUGCGCGCGGACCUGCUCGGGGUGGCCGGCAUCGACGUGCCCAUCUCGGACUUCAUCAAGCACACCAUGCCCUACAGCAUCGGAGUCAACGGGUACGUGUUCAUCGUGACGAACAACGGGUACAUCCUGACGCAUCCCGAUCACCGUCCGGUGCACGGCGGCGUCCUCAAGUCCAACUACAACAGCGUGGACCUGUCGGAGGUAGAGUUCGCCGAUGAGGAGCGCGAUCCGCGGGAUCCCAGCCCGGAUAUCCUGGAGCUCCGCGAAGCCAUGGUGAACCACUCGCGUACGCACCUGCAGGUCCGCCUCAAGUUCCACUUCGACGAGAUGAGGCGGGUGGACAGCGAGCUCAAGGACAUCUACAUCGCGCCCCUCAACGGCACACCCUUCUCCAUCGCCAUGGUGCUGCCCACCGAGUACGGCCACGCCUGGCUCAAGGUGGCCGACGAGUUCAAGAUGUUCCGCCAGGCGGGCGCGAAGCCGACGCACUUCUUCAACUCGGACCGGUGGCGCAUCCACCCCGACUGGGACUACUGCGCCUACUUUCACGAGAACUACCUGGUGUUCGACUCACCGGAGGCCCGGGUACUGCACUUCGUGGGGCGGGCGAGUGACACUAACUGGGAGUGGAGGGAGAGGUGGAGAAACCCGGCGAACGAAGUCCACGACCGGUGCGACAAACCGCAUAUAGAUUUCAGUGAUUAUUACUGUGAUCGAGAGCUCAUGCAGCUUCUGGUCUUUGACGCCCGCCUCUCUCUUCCGUACUUCAAAGCCACAAAGUGGGAGCCCAAGAACAGGGACGAACAGGACCUCGCCCGCAAGUACAACGUGUCGCUUAGGUUCAUCUCGAUGCAGAGCGGGCUGACGCGCUGGCAGCUGGUGCACGACCGGGCCGCCGAGGGAAGUCCGAGCAGCAGCAGCCCUCCGCCGCCGGAGUGGGGCGACUCCAACAACCGUGCCAUCGAGGAGCCGUGGUACGUGGGCGCCGUGCUGCAGCACCAGAUCAACAACUACUCGUUCUACUUCUCGCUGCCGCCGAACGCCGACAAGCAGACCCCCAGCAAGCUGACAGUGACGGCCACGCACGCGGUGUUCCACCUGGACGAGAGCAAGUACGUGCCCGCCAGCGUGCUGGGCUACGUCAUCCCGCACGCCACGCUGCAGCGCCGCUUCGAGAACGUCACCGCCAAGGCGUGCAAGACGUGCCUGCCGUGCUCGAGCGAGGAGCUCAACUGCUACCUGCUCGACUCCAACGGCUACGUGCUGGCCAGCAAGAGCACCCUGGACACGGGCCGCUUCUUCGGCGAGAUCGAGGGCGCCGUCCUGGCCGAGAUGGUGUCGGCCGGGCUGUUCACGGCGCGCCACAUGUACGACUACCAGGCCCAGUGCUCCAAGGAGACGCCCAUCGACAGCGCGGCCGGCAUCCUGAGCACGCCCCUCAAUCAGCUGCGCUGGCUGUGGCACUGGACGGUGGGCCGCCUGUCCUGGAUGCUGCUGCAGUCCGAGCUGGGCAGCGUGCUGGGCAGCGAGGCCGGCGACUGGCUGAGCGACCUCUGGCGCGGGGGGCUAGCCGGCGCCGGCGGCACUCCUCGCCGGAGGGUCAAGAGGAAGAAGAGGCCGGAGGAGGACGAGGGCGAGGUCUUCCCCAGGAAGCCGCCCAAGGGCGCCACCAAGACCGAGUACUUCCCCUGCGAGCGGAAGGCCGUCCUGUACCGCCUGGAGCAGGAGAAGAUGAGAGACGGCAACUUCAGGCUCCCUCCUCCAGUGUGCAGCAGAGCAUACUCCGCUAGAGCCGUGCCUUAUUCAAACAUGCUGCUUGUGGUGACAAAUCCAAUGAGUAUAAACACGUGUUUCAAUAAACUUUUGGCGUCCUCAUCCGUCAUAGAAUACAAUGUUACUGAGCCCUGCCAGAAAAUGAAUCUGAACGAUUUACCUCGGAGAAGAUUGGGAGGCUGUUACAAUCAGCAUCCUAAGGAAAAGUACAUAAGAAAAUGUGGCAAUGCUGCAACUUUAGUCAUCAAUAUAGCAGCAGUUAUGGGUUGCUUUUCUAUUCUUUUUCUAUUACCAAAAUUAAUUGGCUAAUAAAAUGGUCAACCAAAUCUUUCA